AAAACAACCUUUUGCUUCAUCAUCGGGGCAAAAACAAGCGAGAGAAAAGGACAUUUUAAUGAUGGAUGGAAAGAGGACUGUGCUGCUGCAGCAAAGCUGGUGUCACCAUGACGACCGAGCCAGGGAAGAUCAAGGAGGGAGUGACCGCUGUACACUUUAAUGAGACUGCCUACAGCAAGUGGAGAAUCAUAAGAUCUAGAAAAAUGUUCUUUAGUAAGACAUGGAUUGGACAGGGUGGAGCAGAGUCCAGAGGGAGACCGUGGGUCGUGCUUCAGCUCAUGAAAGAAGCUUUGGACGGCGCCAACAUGGAAACGUGUACGAUGAUGGGAAGACAGACAGAACACACAACACAACAGGAGAACAAGUCAAGCCGCGCUGUUUAAAGCUGCUUGGAGAACAGGUGAUACAACUUUGACUCCAUUAAUGACUCAACUGCUGUCAUCAGCCGGGAUCCAUUCACCGCCAACAAACGUGAAUAAUAAAUCACAGUCAGAGAGGUUUUAUGAGGUGAACACAGCAUCAAAGGAUGGGACAGACAGAAAGAACGGAGAGGAAUAGGAAAGAUGAUCAGAGCUGUGAGGACAGAUUGGUUUGGGAGGCCAGAGGAGAGGGUAACAGGAGCGCUGUGGGGGGAGCGGGGCUUGUCUCCGAUAUCUGACACUAUGGAACAAGAAGACACACAACACCGAGCUGGAGCCCGACAACCUGAACCUGCCGCUGACAGAGGUGGUAAAAAAUGUCCCUGGCUCAGAGGGUGCUGAUGACUUGGGUUUUUACCCUGCUCUUCCUCAUCAUGCUCGUCCUCAAAUUGGAUGGGAAGGUACAGUGGAACUGGUUCCUCAUCUUCCUCCCCGUCUGGGUUUUCGAUGGCAUCCUCAUCCUCAUGCUCGCCAUAAAGAUGGCAGGUCGUUGCAAGCCUGGCUACGAUCCACGAAACGGCUCGCCGGACCUGCGCCUUCGCUGCUGGUACCUGACAGCCAUGCUGCUGAAGCUGGGCUUCUGCUUGACGCUGUGUGCCAAACUGGAAAAACUGGCGGAUGUAAAGCUGACCUUUGUGUGCAUCCCUUUGUGGACCAUGCUACUGGGAGCUCUGGUGGAACUGGGGCUGAAUAUAUUUCCUGAAAGGCGAGAGGUUUAAGCAAAAGUGGAACCUUAUCUGGAGAUAAAACCUGAUGUGAUGGGGUCAAUGGGACAGAAUUGAGUCUUAUUUUCAGGGAUCACGACCAGCUAGUGGUACGUUUCUUUUUGUGCAGCAUCUUUAAAACUUCCACAAACUCAACACUGGACAAAGUUUUAUUUAUUCAUAAUUAAGCUUCAAUUUUGCCCCAAUUUUUGAAUGUACAGUGUAAAUAUUGGUAUAUUGUGUACAUUUGUGGCUGUAUUUGUGCGCUCAUUUAGCUUUCCAGACAUUUGCCAAAUAUUUUAGCAGAAUUUUGAUGGCAGAACGUUUUACUGGAAGGAAUGAACCUGAGCGUGAGAAGUGUUUGGAAAACCUGAACCAUGUCUCUAAAUGCUUUACAGCCAUUAUUUUGCCAAAUGAAUAUUUACAUUUAAGCUGUAAUAGUAUUACAAACACCCACAUUUGCUAGAUUCUAAUAGCAUCCUAAUGUUGGCUUAAGUAGUGAAUUUGUUUGUGAAUGUGUUUGUCUCUAAGUAUUUUGCAUUUCAUUUACAUUUUAUGAAUGGUAAUAAAUGAUUUGAUUUAAGCAACAUGCUGUGAAGCUUG